AACUCGAGCAACCUGAGCCCCGUUAUAUUAUAAGGAUGUUGCUUUUCUUUUUGUCUUUGCUCGUAACUAAUGCAGAACGUUUCAUCUUGUCUGCGAGUGUCUACGCGAUGACUCUCUGAACAGAGGAUGUUCGAUGCUUGAAGCUUCGCGAAGAAAGAGCUUCGUGAACUUCUAGAUUUAUGGAGUGGGGAUUUGGCACAUGGGGACCAAUAGCAGCCUGCUCGAAAAAAGAAAAGCUCGUGAACUGGAAAGGUAGAUAAAGGCGGGUAGUUUCGCUCGCUCGCCAAGCUAUUUAGUACAGAGGCGCGCGGCCUGAAAGGAUCGCGGCGGCUGGAGAAUGCAGGCGGCGGGGGUGUGGCUAUUGGCGAGACAACUGACGCAGUAAGCUGACGCAGGUCGCCCUCUUUUGCUGCUUCGUUAUGUGAUGUCCCCGAGCUUUCAACUUACUUUUUGCUUGAUGAAAUUGAAAGUGAAACGUAUAUUAGAUAUAUGUGCUGGAGAUCGUGGUAGGAUCACGUCAUCGUUAAUUAGCAACAAGGCAUAAUCUUCUGAAACCGAUGAAGCUGACGGCGUCCCAUCCAGUAUGUACUUCUACUAACACGAGCAGGACGCACUGGGGUCACACUUUUGUUCAUCCAAGAGAAUUACUUAUUUUUUCCUUGAUUAUGCCGAUCGUCUUUGAUCUUUUUCUUUACCCUACGCCUUUACAAGCCAAGCCGUAUGUGCGUCGCAGUCGCAAGUGCACUUGGCUUAUAGAUUCACCUGAUUUUGGUCCAGUAGCUUGAAUAUCGUGAUGCACCCUAAUACUAGACUUAUUUACAUAUUUAGGCGAUAUAAUGGUCUGGGAUCGUCGUAUAUCAUUAUUUCUCUGAAGUUGAACGAUAUAGAAGUGUGAUAUUCUGCUCUAGACGUUAUAGAGAAUAGAUCUAGUCGUGGUCGUCUACUGCAGUAAGAGGCGACGAACAACAGAACGUCACUCAGAAACGUUAAAAUCUGGUGUCUUCGUCUUCCCCAUCCUAUUUCGUCUUACUUUAAUUCAUGUUAGAGUUAGAUGAAGUGGUCUCCUACUCAUCGCAGCCGCAGAUACUUAAAAAAAUGUAAGGAGAGCAAACCUUUCUGGUAAAACGUUAUUAACUUAAAGUAACAUACUUUUAUGAAACUUCCUCCUGGUACAUCUGCUACGUACGGGAUGUGUCAGUCAAAAAAACAUAGCCGGAAUUGAACACAUAGAUAGGUAGACGUAGACAAAGAAAGAGAAACACAUAUCACAAAAAUUCUGCUUAAAUCAUGGAAAGGUUCAAAAUCUCUGGUUCACGUUCAUUUGUUCCAUUUUGCGUUUUCUUGGUGGCCUACCCGUCGUAUUAUAUAGGUAAACAAGCGCCCCAUUAAUGUUUUUUUAGGUGCUGAGCUUUUGGUUCGCGAGUAUCUAUUUAUUUUGUUCUGAUAAAAAGUCAACAGUUUAUUCCACCUGCCUGCAUACCAUAAACCAAGACAAAGGUGCAAAUAGGUGAUUGUUGCGCUAAUUGUACCAUUUAUUGCGGGCCGUCCGUCGUGCGUGGUCGACGGCGGGCCGGAAGAUGAUGAAGAAUCAAACUGGUUCUUGUUGUACUACAGAUCAGUGGUGGUCCACAUCCGCCGAAAAAAUUGUUUGUGACUGCAUGAGGAUGAGCGACCACGUGGAGUCGUGCUAGUUUAGGUGGAGAUGUGCUGCAA